GGGCAAGCCAUUCUACUGUUAGCGACAGCGUCGACGGGGAUGGCAGCGAGGAUGGCUCGCAUGGCCGCAGCAGUCCCGGUAGCAUGCAAGGAGGAGCUAGCCAUUCCACGGGUACCAGCGGCGGCAGCGGCAGCAGAGGUGGCGACAGUGGGCCGGACUCACUCCAUGACGACAGCUUGCUUGGCGGUGCCAGCGAUGGUGGGGAUGGCAGUGAUGGCCGCAGCGACCAUGCUGCUAGCAUGCUGGAUGAGGAUGACCCGAACACGCUGCCUGGAGAAGACCUCCUCGACCAAACCGGAACUGACGAC